CUUGAACAAGACGGCCACGAUGAUAGAUUGCCAGUUAUUUUUGAAUUAGAACGAGCUCCGUACUAACCCGUCUGUGGAACACCUGUAGUAUCUAUCCUUGCGGAACACAGUGAAACGCUUUGUGCGUUUUCGUAUGUUUGUGCAACAGCAAACUUGAAUUAUCCGCUUCCAAGUACAACCCUACUGAGAAGUACUAGUAUCGCUAAACUUCGUUCGAUAUUACCCCCAGGAGCAUGCCGUCGCCGGCGAAGAGCUUCAAGCAGCCGCGGGUGCACGUUCCCGGCGCGUCGCCGCCCACGAAGCGGUUGCACACUGCAGCUUCGGGAGUUGGAGCAGCUGCUUCCGGAAGUUGUAUCGCCACUGGAGCAGGAGCUCCUGCGGGCGGGGCCAUCAUCUUCGACGCACCAACACCCGCGAAGAACUACGGUGCAGCUACUACCUCGAAAAUGAACCUGUUCGGGGCGGGACAAGAAGCUGUGCCUGCUGCAGCGGGGUCGUUGUUCGAUCAAGAUUCUUUAUUCGACGCUGAGAUAGCGCUGGCUCUUCAGGUAUCAAAUGUAAAACUGUCUGGGUCUGGAAGUUUGGAACUUGUGAUGCUGGCUUUGGACUCUAAGAAAAUCUGUAUUGCAUGGCCAGCAAGAGGGUUCCAGUUUGUGCUACGCGGGGAGGGCGUUUGUCAUGCGGAAUUAUAGGCAUCAGGAAGCCUUCUAGAAAUCUGCGAUGCAAGAUCAUGCAUUACAGGCAUCAUGGGUCAUGUAAAACAGGCAUGACAAACCUUGCAUUCUUCCAGACCCAGACAUUUUUGCAUUUGAUAUCAGGAGCACCAGCAGGAGGAUGUGGAUGAUGUGCUCAUGCAGGAGCAACAGAACAACAGCCACGUUCUGCAGCAAACAAGAGCAUCAUCUUCUUCGUCCUCUUCUUCCUCUUCGGGCGCUAAUAUCAUCAAAAAUCCCGCAUCGGCAUCCUCUUCCUCUUUCGGUGCAAGCAGCUUGUUCCACCAGCACCAGCGGCGACCACAGUCUGCUGGCGCUGUCAACGGCAACAUCUUAUCUGCCGGAAAUAGCAAUUUACAACUUGUCACCAGAAAUGCUGCGACGCUGAAUAACUUCAAUCUCAACGGGUUGCGGAUGAACCAGCCGGCGCAGGGAAUUCUGUCACGGAACAACAAAGAUAAACCGUUGCGGGACGAGUUCGGGGAGUUGGAAGAGGAGGAGGACGACGAUGAGGGAAACAAAAGCGAACUCGAGGACUUCGACAACGAUACUAAAAAUAAUCUCUCCACCGACGAGGUGGAAGAAGAAGAUGAAAAUGAAAAUCAAGCCUUGCAGCUGCUGGCCGCCGACGGUUUGCAAGGUGAUCUUCUCGAAACAACUUCUACCAACGAAAACGAGGAAAACCUAAAUCACAACCCCUUCACCCACCUUCCGAUUGCGGACCAGACCGCAAAACUCCCCGCGAAGAGACCCACGGGACGCAACGUUUUGCGCCAGGGAGACGAGGGCUUCAACCAGUUCUACCGGCAAUGGCUGCGGGAAAAAGGGAUCAUCAACACCAGCGGCGCAGACAACCACAUGGUCAACGGCGUAGUACAGCAAGACGAGUUAUCUACUUCUUGCAAACCGCUGCCGCAGCAGGCUGUGGUUCUGGCCGGUCUCCGCUCGGGGUUCACGCCGAAAAUUUUGGUAGACCACAGAACCGGCGCCGGAAAGACCAGAACGAUGAUUCAAGUCAUCGACGAGUUUUUUCUUUCCCCGAACCCGAAGGUGGUCAUCGUGCCGACGGACAACAUUCGCCGGAAUUUCCUGCUCGAGUUAAUCCGCUGGCCCUCGAAGUGGAGAACCUACUGGGCGGCGGAGAACCAAGAGUUUGCCCGGACUGCUGCGAGAUCGAAGUCUUGGGCGAAGAGGCUCGAUCAGGAGUGGACCAACCCGAAGCGGGAGAUGAUUUCUUCCAUGGAGGCCGCGAUCGGCAUGAAGUCCUUGAUUCGCAACGGCCAAAUCCGCGACGGCUUCGCGGAAAAAUUCAUCGAGCGGUUUCCCCAGGUUUGCUUCCCCAAAGCGCCGGUCCGGGUCCUGAGCUACGGGUGCGCGGGCGGCAUACGGAUUGCAACUAUGUCUGGGUCUGGAAGAGUGGAACUUGUAGUGCUCUCUGCGGAUUCUAGAAAUAUCUGUGUUGCAUGAGCAGCAAGAGGAGGCAGUUCUUGGCACGCGGAGAGAGCAUUUCUCAUGCGUGAUUAGUAUCAACAUGCUCUCAAAAAAUCAGUGAUGCUAGCACCAGCAUCACAGACCUCACGGGUCAUGCAAAAUGUGCAUGACAAGCCCCGACUCUUCCAGACCCAGACAUUUUUACAUUUGAUACGGCAGUGCGAUGAACAAGAAGAAUCCGGACGUCAUUCUCCGGUUUGGAAAGAAAUUGCCCCCGAAGGUGAAGAGCGCUGACGGAUCGAAGAAGCAGGAACAGGAUUGGUCGGACCAAAAUCUGUACGACAACACGAUUGUCCUCCUGGACGAAGCGCACAAUGCGGUGAAGGAGCAGUCCCAGUACCGCGCGCAAUUGGAAAAACUCUGCGACGCUUUGAAGCGAACGAACGAGAACACCCGCGUUGUCUUCCUCACGGCCACGCCCGCGCCCGCGGUGAGCGGGAAUCAGGCCGUGAAUGGGAGAUCAUCUGUGAACCCGCAGAAGUUGUUGGAUUUGGUUAAAGGACUACGAGACGUGCUCCUGAGCCGCAACAACGAGGGCUACGUGAGCCAUUUUGAUGGCGUUGCCGGGUUCCCGAAAAUUCUGACCACCAAGCGGUACAAGUACGGGCUGGGUUUCCAGGAGUCGGCCAUGGGGACGGUUGGCAAACUGCCCUACCGGGUCGCGAACGUGGUGCGCGUGCCGAUGGGCAGCGGGGUCUACCUGCGAUACCUGCGGACCUGGAUGGCUUUAUCCGAUCACAACAGCCUGGGCGACCCGGCUUCGAAAAAACGGCUGCUGGCGCGCGGGGUGGUCUGGAUGCCGCCGCUAUCAAAUGUAAAAAUGUCUGGGUCUGGAACAAGGCAAGUUGUCAUGCUAAAUCUGGAUUAUGUAAAAAUCUGCGUUGCGUGAUUACCAAAAGCUGUCCACUGUUGACCUAAUCGAGAGGCAGUUUCUCAUGCAGGAUACGCAUGAUAGAACUCUCACAGAAUCUGUCAUGCUCUGUCCUACAGACUAGAGCUCAUGGGUCAUGGAAAACCUGCAUAACAAGUCUGGCAUUCUUCCAGACCCAGACAUUUUUACAUUUGAUAGCCGCAGAGCGCGUCGCGGGAAGACCAGAAGGCGAAGCUGCUUACCGCGGAUGAGUCCAGUAUGGGAGUGUCAGAAUCGAAAUCAACAAAAUCGAAAUGAUUUGUGAUGCAUAAAAUCGAUACCACUUGGAGCCUCAGUUUCCACGUGGCGCAUGACAAAUUUCGGGAGCGCCAAAAUCCAGUCUGUCGUGCUGUUUAGGCAAAGAACACUGCUCCUGUCGUGCUACUCUGGCAGCGCAUCUUCUUCCCCUAAACAGGUUCACAAUCGGUCUCAUUUGCCUACUCCCCAAUACAGGCCUCCAGUGCCCUACAUUUUAUGCAUCACAAAUUUUUCUUUUUUGUCGAUUUCGACCCUGAAACAUCCAUAUCCAGCAUCGAGGCGUUUGCGUCGAAGGUGUAUCGUGUGGGGGACCGGGUGAGGGAGAUGGAGUUGAAGGCACUGGUAUAUCCUGUGUAAAAACGUCCCCACCCCAGAGUUGUAACUGUGCUUUGUUUUGUUUUUGGUUUUUUUCAGUACAUAAACACCCCAGAGGUGUAAUGCGAAUCUGCGUGGUUGAAAUGUUUCUCAUGCGAAGACGCAUGAGAAGCUUUUUCUAGUGGUGUUUUGAGAUUUGUGAUGCCCAAAUCAGCAUGAUAAACUGGAUCUGUGAUGCUGCUGCACUAGCUAAACGUGGCUACAUUACUAGCCCAAAUUUGUCAUGCGCAACAGCCAAAGCUUGAUGAUUUGUGUAGCAGCUUUCCCAUCUUGACUAUGGGGUGGGGACGUUUUUACAAAUGAUAUGGCGUUGGUGUCCAAGCAGCAGGGGUUCAACACGGUCGUGGACAUUUUGGGCGAGAUGGUCGGGAAAAAUCGGGUAUCAAAUGCAAAUAUGUCUGGGCCCGGAAAGAUCGAUGGAACUUGUAAUGCUAGUCCUACAUGCCUGUAAAAUCUGUAUUGCGUGACCAACCAGAAGACGCCUUCUUUUGUCAUACAAAAGCGCAGCAGGUUCUCAUGCGGGCUGCGCACCAUGAGCAAGUAUAAUUGCGCAAAUAACUUGUCAUGCUUGGCUGAAUUGGGAAAUCUUUCAAUCAUCCACAGCUCAGCAUCACAAGUUUCCAGACAUCUAGACAUAUUUGCCUUUGAUAUCGGGUCCUGUCCUUGCGGGAGAAGUCGCAGGUGGCCGGCACCAUGGAAAAGUUCAACGCGGACAACAACUUGUUCGGGCAAAAAUACCUCGUGCUUGUGGCCGACACGGACACCUGCGGGGAAGGCGUCAGCUUCAUGAGCGUAUUGUUUUGAGACAGAACUAGAAGAAGCACUGGUGAUUUUUUUGUUGUUUUUCCUUCUCGUCAACAUGAUGACCAAUUGCGAGUGCAGGAUUUUUAAUGUUGUCCAAUUUUGGACUCAAAAUGAAAAUUCUCUUUGUCGUAAAUGAGAAGAUAUAUCAAAAUCACUUCAUCAUCAUCACAGGUCCGUGAGUGUCACCUAUUGACGAUUCCGCAGUCUGUCAACGACUUUUACCAGUGGUUGGGGAGAUCUAACCGCCAGGGUAGUCACAAGAAGUUAGACGCCGAAGAUCAGGACCUCGAGUACUUUUAUGCAUUGCAAAAAAGUUCCUGCACUGCUACCACAACAUACUUCCACCAUCUUCAAUGCAUUUUUACAGACGAAAAACUUCCGUCUGCCCAAAUAACUCACUCGAACAGAGCAACCUAUCGUGGUCAGUCAAGGCUGGUACUGCUAUCACAACCACUUCGACUUCCGAACCACUGCAUAAUAUGCAGUGGUUCGGAAGUCGAAGUGGUUGUAACAUUUUUGCACAGCAUAAUCCCCUGUACGUGGCUACCUUCCCGCGAGACUGGAAACCCAGCACUCUGUCUGUGAAAAAGCGGACCUUCCUGCGGUCGGCGUUUACGGGGGCGAUCCGGGACAAGACGGGUAUGCAUUGCAAAUAUGUCUGGGUCUGGAAGAGUGCAACUUGUGAUGCUAACUUUGGAAGCUAAAAAAAAUCUGCAUUGCAUGACCAGCAAGAGGUGGCCUCCAGUUUGUGCUGCGCCGGGAUGGCAUUUCUCAUGCGGAAUAGGCAUCAGGAAGCCUUCUACUAAAAAUCUGUGAUGCUAGGUCAUGCAUUACAGGCGUCAUGGGUCAUGCAAAGAAGGCAUGACUCUUCCAGACCCAAACAUAUUUGCAGUUGAUAACGGGCAAGGCCGAGCGAAACCUGCUGAAGAACGUGAACAAGCUCGACAUAUGCAUUCUGCAAAUGUGUCUGGGCCAGGAAAGACGCGAUUUGUGAUGCUAAUUUUCGAUCACGCAAAAAUCUGUAUUGCAUAAAGCAGCAAAAAAUAAAGGCACUCAGAUUGGUGCCACCCUGAGCAGACGAGGGCCCUUCUCAUGUCGGCUAGGCAUGACCAACCCUUCGCGAAAGCUCCUGUGAUGCCCGAGCAUGCAUCACAGGCGUCGCGGGUCAUGUACAAGUUGCAUGACAAACCCCCCCAACAAGCUCUUCCAGACCCAGACAUGUUUGCAUUCGAUACGACAACGCCUUCGAGUCGUCAGCGGAGUUGGGCAAGGCGGUCCGGCGGGUGCAGAACAUCCGGAAGAAGCACGACGGCGAUUUCCUCGAGCACUACAUCGAUGCGGAGAAGGAAAACCUCCCCGGAAUGCGACUUUUGAACGAGAUGGAGAUGCGGUCCGUUUCCCACCAGUCCAGUGCCUGUCUCGCGUACCUGACCCAGACCGAGGACGAGAAGUCGCUUGCCGUCCUGCGGUAUCAAAUGCAAAUUAUAAUAUGUCUCGGUCUGGAAUAAACUUGUGUUGCUGAUACUUGCACUGCAGACUGACUGCUUGUACGGCGUAACAGCAUGAGAAGUUUAUUUUCUGCUCAGUGCGAAUCCAUUCGUACUUAGCAUUGCAAACUGUCAUGGACAAAAAAUUGGCCGAGUCGCAUUUUAUGGAUCACAAAUGAUCAUUGUCGUCCUUCUUGAAGUUGUCCCGCAUCACAAACCCAGACCCAGAUCGAUAUUUGCAAAGCAUAUGCGCGGCCAAGUGACCCGGUUUGAGAAGUUUAUGAAGACCUGGCGCGAGGGGGCGGCCUUCGACUACCACGGCGUGUACGAGGAAGGUGUAGAAGCAGCUGUUGCAGCGUAUGACCUGCUCAAACGUUACAAUCUCAAGCGUUACAAUAGAAUUUGGAAAUCUGUGAUGCAAGAAGUGCAUAAUCUAGCCAAGUCGCAUAGGACUGCGCAUGACAAGUUCCGGAGUCCCAAACCGCACUACAAUCUGCCGAAAUUUGUGUUGCAAGAAGUGGAGUGGUCUGCGAGUCUGUCAUGCUCAUUAUGCAACACAAAUGCCAGAUUCUAUUGUAACGUUUGAGAUUGUAACGUUUGAGCAGGCCAUACAGCAGCAGCUCCGGUCCAGGUGGUCGCGGAAGUAAACGGAAUGGUGAACGGGCUGCAGGGAGGAAGAGAACGUGGGGAGCAGGAACAGUCCGCGGGACAAGGAGAAGAACAAUCCAGCCACGACCAGCCGCAGUUGGACAGCGUGGUCGCUCUGAUGCGGGCCAUGCAAAAGGAAAACUUCUAGUCUACCGCAAUGAUGCGUUCGAUAUGAAAGAGGUGCACCUCCCGAAUUUACUUAUCCGAAAGGCUCUCCAGCAGAUCUUUAUAUAUCAGCAUCAGGAAAUUAACUAAUGCGAACCUUCAAGAAGAGAACAGCCCUCCGCUCGUUUACCGUAGCUGGUUUUCCAAAACAAAAAAAAUAACCUACAAAAUGAGAGAGGAAGAAGUCAGUAGGAAUGUGGAAGUUUACAAAUAGAAACUGUGUUUACCACCGCUAAUAAUGAACAAGUUUAGAAUUAAGUCUGAUUUUACGCUUGAUGUGACAGCAUCGAACAGGCACAGAGUGAAUCUGCAUUCAAUUCAAUCAGUCAAUCGCUCAUCAGAAAUUCUUUUGUUUGAAGUCCCCAGUAUGGAUGGAGCAGUCUUCUAUUCCGUGACUGAUUCAACACAACCUAAAGAUACUUCGAUCGAGAACCUAUAUAAUCAUUUUCGUUGUAUCGACUAUUGUAUUCCGUCGUCCUCCGCGCAAUCUUUCGUGGUUUUCCUUUUCGUGAGUUAAAGAACUUAAUCUAACCCCUUCUAUUUUGGGUAUACAUUGUUUCAUCUCAUCUAGAACUUUUCUCUUGAUUUUCCCUUCUGUACAAGAUUUUUUUCUUGAUUGAGAGCUCUCACUUGACAUUUUUCUGCUAUGCGUUUAAUGUACUCGAUCCCAGUAGUUCGUAUGAAUUUCCUGUACAUUUUGGCACAAGCACACGACUGUUUGUCUAGCAGCAUGUAGUUGUAAGUAGUUUCCUUUGCAGGAGGUAGGAAUCGGAUACAGUAGGAGCAUCGAACAGUCAUUGAAGUCGUAGUAAGUCCACUUAUUUUAUGAAAUUCGUCUCAUUUUCCACGUAAGAUAAAUCGAGUCAUGUUCUUUCACAGUUUUCUGUUGCAGCGCACACGCAAUUGUGUUAUUGUUGCAGUUCGUUGCAGCGCAACACGAAGAGCAUGAGAAACAUUUUACGAGUAGAGCUACUUUUCUUUGUCCGAACAUCCCGCGAUCUUUUUUUGUCAUAUUUUCCAAAACGUCUUCCACGCUUAGGUAGAGUUCGCGUCUUUAAAUACUCGGACGUGAAGAUCGCUACCAAAGCGGACAAUGUGGCGGCAAGGCGUUUUUAUCCUAGAGCUUCCAUUUCUGUAAAUUUUGAGCCGUAGCACCGCGAAAAAUGAAUUUACAUCGUCAACGCGAAGGAGCGGCGGAGUGCUACAUGUUGUGAGGAAAGUAGCGCAGGAAGGAAAUUGAAUUGGCUAGAUGAGCUGAAAAAAUGCCACGAUGUACAUCUCUAGUCCACCGCAGCACGUACUACCUGCUCGAGUCAAGACGGAAUACGAAGCGGCUACUUUCCACAACUUCUGUAGAGUACAUUCAAGGCGAACUGAACAUCCAACACAAAUUUCUUUCCUUGGAUAGCGUACUUACAUCGCUUCAGAGAUGACUCAGAUAGUGCGACGCUUCUCGUGUGGUGCAAGCAACGUAACCCGUUCACUAUGCAAGUGCUCUCUUUGCCGUUACCGUUUCGCUUGAUUAAAAAGAAUUUUCGCCGGUGGCGUCGUAGUAGACAAGAGAU